UCUUUUUGGGAGGCGAAGUAGUCCCGGGAGAGCUUUAGGAGGAGAGUCAGAAGAGGAGGAGAGUCGGGAGCGCGCCUUCGGGAGCGCGCCCCAAGCCUCCGCCUCAGUCUUGCCCUCUCCCCCAAAGAAGAAGAAGAGGAGGAAGACCAUGUCAGGUCUUGAGGGGCGCCCUCCAAGGAUCCUGCAAAGCUGCUAAGAAGAGGAGGAAGAUGAAGAAGAGGAGGAUGAAGGACAGCCCCAGGCCUUCGAUACUGCUGCUACUUCUCCGGCUGACGCUGCUCCUUUUCCUCCUGGGGGACGCCGACGCUGCGGCUUGCCAUGGAUGCUCCUCUGGAUCCAAAUGUGACUGUAGUGGACAAAAAGGAGAGAAGGGCGAGAGAGGAUUCCCGGGUUUGGAAGGACAACCAGGUUUACCAGGAUUUCCCGGACCAGAAGGACCACAUGGGCCAAGAGGCGAAAAAGGAGAUGAUGGACUUCCAGGACCAUCUGGACCCAAAGGAAUUAGAGGCCCUCCAGGUUUACCGGGCUUUCCAGGAACACCGGGGCUUCCUGGGCUUCCAGGUCAAGAUGGACCACCAGGACCUUCCGGUAUCCCAGGAUGCAACGGGACAAAGGGGGAACGUGGUUUUCCUGGCAGCGUAGGUUUCCCUGGUUUACAAGGCCCCCCUGGCCAAUCGGGCUUACCAGGAAUGAAGGGUGAACCAGGUGAAAUUAUAACAGCUACACUACCGGGACAGAAAGGCGAACGGGGAUAUCCAGGUCUUCCAGGGAUAACAGGCCCACCAGGUCCCGUUGGAACAUCAGGUCCCAUUGGUCCUCCUGGGCCACCAGGUUUGACGGGUGUUCCUGGCCCACCAGGAUUACCAGGCCCAAAGGGCAACAUGGGCCUGAACUUCCAAGGACCCAAAGGAGAAAAGGGUGAACAGGGUCUUCAAGGUCCUCCAGGGCCACCAGGACAAAUCGGCGAACAGAAGAGACCAAAUGAUGUAGAAUUUCAAAAAGGAGAUCAGGGUGCUCCAGGUGAGCGCGGCCCUUCAGGACCACCUGGGCUACCAGGUCCUCCUGGCUUUCCCGGUGGUGGAAAAGGUGAAAAAGGUGAGCAAGGAGAACCAGGAAAAAGAGGAAAACCUGGCAAGGAUGGAGAGCUAGGGCAGCCUGGAUUACCUGGCUUGCCUGGUGGUCGUGGUGUCGCAGGAUUUCCAGGACGAGAUGGGGAAAAGGGUCAGAAAGGUGACGCAGGUCUUCCCGGCCCUCCUGGACUUGUGAUUCCUAGGCCAGGAACGGGGGCAUCGGUGGGACCGAAAGGAAGCAAAGGUUUGCCUGGGUUUCCCGGAGAAAAAGGCGAGCGUGGCUACCCCGGUCUGGAAGGUCCCCCCGGCCUUCCAGGUCCCCCAGGAAUUCCAAGCACAGGACCUCCUGGUCCACCUGGUCUUUCUGGAGAAAGAGGGCAGAAGGGCGAUCAAGGUCUUCCUGGUAUUUCCAUCCCUGGCCCUCCUGGACUUGAUGGCCGACCUGGAUCCCCUGGUCCACCAGGCCUACCCGGCCCACCAGGAACAACAAUUCCACCAAUUGGUAUGCUGUGUGAACAAGGACCUCCUGGCCCACCAGGCCUUCCAGGGCAACAAGGAUUUGUGGGAGAGAGGGGCCAGAAAGGAGACAAAGGGGACACAUGUUUCAACUGCAUAGGAAGUGGCAUACCUGGACCACCAGGGGAGAAGGGAGAACCUGGAUUACCUGGCAGCCCAGGUUCUCCUGGUUUCCCAGGGUCAAAAGGUGACAAAGGAUUCCCUGGCAUAAUUGGCCUGGUUGGGCCCCAAGGUCUUCCUGGCGCGCAAGGGCCUCCUGGGCGUAUGGGUGCCAAAGGCGAUCCAGGUGAUGUCCUUGCUUUUCCUGGAAUGAAAGGUGAAAAAGGAGACCCAGGCUUCCCAGGCCCUUCAGGGCUGCCCGGUUUGGAUGGGACACCUGGACAAAACGGACUGCCGGGGCCUCCUGGGCCCAAGGGAGAGCCAGGAGGGAUCAACUACAAAGGAGAAAGGGGCCCCUCUGGCGAUCCAGGACUUCCUGGACUUACAGGGGAUCGGGGGCCUUCAGGACCUCCUGGAUUUGGCCCCCAGGGUCCCCCAGGAGAGAAAGGCAUCCAGGGGGUUUCAGGUCGGCCAGGACCUCCCGGAGUCCCAGGACCCAAAGGAGAACCUGGUCAAACUAUCACAGAAUCGGGGUCUCCGGGUAUCCCUGGCCCCCCAGGAAGGGAUGGUGAAAUUGGCCUCCCAGGUGACCCAGGUUCCCCAGGGCAACCUGGAUUGCCAGGAGUCCCUGGGCAAAAAGGUGAAAUGGGAUUACCUGGCAUCGGACUUCCAGGCCCACCCGGGCCUAAAGGUUUCCUGGGAUUACCCGGUCUUCCGGGACCACCUGGAGCCCCUGGAAGACCAGGCCAAGAUGGACCACCUGGGCCACCCGGAAUUGCAGGACUGAAGGGGGAUCGUGGCUUUGGUGUCCCAGGGCCAGCUGGACCCCCCGGACAGCCAGGUCUUAAAGGGGCGCAGGGUCCUAGAGGUGAUCCUGGGUUUCCAGGGAGCUCUGGGAUCCCAGGACGCACAGGUUUUGAUGGAACUCCAGGUCCUAAAGGUGAUCCUGGGCCCCGUGGCCAGCCAGGGUUGGUAGGAUCUCCAGGCUUCCCAGGAAUCGGUGGACAAGGCCCACCGGGUGCACCAGGACCUCCAGGACCUGUGGGUCCCCCAGGAUUACAAGGCAUACCAGGAGAAAAAGGAGACCCAGGUCCACCAGGGUUCGACGUUCCUGGUCCUCCAGGUGACAGAGGCAGCCCAGGUUUCCCCGGAUCACCUGGUCUCCCAGGGCCCCCAGGUCCAUCUGGGCCACCUGGACGAGAUGGAAUUCCAGGAUUCCAAGGUGGCAAAGGCGAGAUGGGUGUGAUGGGGGCACCUGGACCACCAGGUUCUCCUGGAACCCCUGGAAGGAGUGGUCUUCCCGGUCUAAAAGGCAAUGAUGGCUUACCUGGCCCAAUGGGCCGCACUGGAUCCAUGGGGCAAAAAGGCAGCAAAGGGGAGGCAGGUCUUCCUGGACUUCCAGGAAAAGUCGAUCUAGACCGGUUGGGCUCCAAAGGAGAAAAAGGAGAGCCAGGAACUCCAGGUAUGCCUGGCCCAACGGGGCUGAAGGGCUAUCAAGGCAUCCCAGGCGACCCAGGCCCUCCUGGACUAGUUGGGCAGCCAGGAACACCGGGACUUUCAGGUCCUAAAGGCGAUCGAGGAUUAUCUGGGCCCCCUGGACCAACCGGCCCCCCGGGACAGAAAGGUUCCAGUGGCGAAAUGGGUCUUCCAGGUCCUUCUGGUGCAAAAGGUUUGCAAGGCAUCGCAGGACGUCCCGGGCAGCCUGGUUCUCCUGGACUUACCGGACUGAAGGGAGAAAAAGGCAACCCUGGAUUUUCAGACAUCGGUAUUCCAGGUCCUCCGGGUCCAAAGGGAGACGCAGGGCCGCCUGGCUACCGAGGGAGUCCCGGUGUCAAAGGGACUCCUGGCAACCCUGGUUUACCAGGUUUGUCUGGUAACCCAGGUGCAAAGGGUGAAAUGGGCCUCCCCGGCUUCCCAGGGACGCCAGGUAUUCCCGGACCAAAAGGUAUCGAUGGACCCCCAGGUAACCCAGGUGUGCCAGGAUCACCGGGGCUUCCAGGUGAACUUGGCCGCCCUGGACCUCCAGGUUCUCCAGGGGAAAAAGGACAACCUGGACAAGACGGCAUUCCUGGGCCAGCAGGACAGAAGGGUGAACCAGGUCAACCAGGAUUUGGUCGCCCCGGACCUCCAGGACUCCCAGGACUAUCAGGUCAAAAGGGUGACUCAGGGUUGUCUGGGCCCCCAGGUUCACCGGGCCCCAUUGGUCUGAAGGGGGAGAUGGGUCCCCAAGGGUUUCCUGGUCUGCAAGGUCCAACCGGCCCCCCAGGACUUCCAGGACCAGCUUCAGAAGGACCAAAGGGCAGCCCUGGACCGCCGGGCAUCCCAGGGAGGCCAGGUCCAACUGGUCCAGAAGGUGCCCGUGGGCCCCCUGGAACCGGAGGGGUCAAGGGUGAAAAGGGCAACCCCGGUCCGGCUGGUCAACCUGGACUUCCUGGCUUGAAAGGAGAUCAAGGACUACCUGGACGUCCGGGUGAACCAGGACGUCCAGGUCUGAAUGGAAUGAAAGGCGAUCAUGGUGUCCCAGGUGUUCCAGGAUUUCCAGGGAUGAAGGGACCUCUUGGACCUCCAGGACCACCUGGCCUUGGAGGAGACCCUGGACUUCCAGGUUCACCAGGUACUCCAGGGAUACCUGGCCCAGCUGGACAAACCAUUGUGGUGAAAGGAGACCCUGGUCCUCCAGGUCCACCAGGUCAGCCUGGAAUGAAAGGUCUACCUGGUGUAUCAGGUCCUCCGGGCUUGCCAGGUCCAAUCGGCCUUCCUGGUGAUGCUGGUCGAGAUGGGCUGCCUGGGUUUGAUGGUCCAGGAGGACGUAAAGGGGAGCGAGGACUUCCAGGGCAACCAGGUUUACGGGGUUCACAGGGUCCCCCUGGUCCAGACGGCAUGCAAGGCCCCCCCGGUUCUCCUGGUUCGGCUUCAGUCGCUCAUGGGUUUCUGAUCACUCGCCACAGCCAGACGAUUGACAUACCGUCCUGCCCGGAAGGAACCGCCGAGAUCUAUGUUGGGUAUUCUCUGCUGUAUGUCCAGGGGAACGAGAGAGCCCACGGGCAGGACUUGGGAACCGCCGGCAGCUGCCUCCGCCGUUUCAGCACCAUGCCCUUCAUGUUCUGCAACAUCAACAACGUCUGCAACUUUGCAUCCAGGAAUGACUAUUCCUAUUGGCUUUCUACCCCUGCGGAGAUGCCCAUGAGCAUGGCACCCUUAACCGGAGAGAGCAUCCAACCAUUUAUUAGCCGCUGCGCAGUCUGUGAAGCUCCAGCCAUGGUUAUAGCAGUCCACAGCCAAACCAUUCAAAUCCCAUUAUGUCCACCGGGCUGGGAAUCAUUAUGGAUUGGUUAUUCUUUUAUGAUGCACACCAGUGCUGGUGCAGAAGGAUCUGGACAGGCAUUGGCUUCUCCCGGUUCCUGCCUUGAAGAAUUCCGCUCAGCUCCUUUCAUUGAGUGUCAUGGACGAGGGACCUGCAACUAUUAUGCCAACUCCUACAGCUUUUGGCUGGCAACUGUGGAGAUGACAGAAAUGUUUAGUAAACCUCAGUCUGAGACGCUCAAGGCUGGAGAACUCAGAACGCGGAUUAGUCGAUGCCAAGUAUGUAUGAAGAGGACGUAAUGCCUCAGAGACUUUUUUUAAAAGAAAGAAAGAAAGAAAACACACACAACAACAACUGAAAAAAAUCAUAUGGUGCACUGUCCUUCAGCUAUAACAAUGGUGCUAUUGUGCAAAAGGAACGAAGAAUGACAAUGCGAAGAGAAAAUCCAGAAUGUAGAUUCCGGUGCACCCUCUCUGUUUCUCCCCCAAGUGCCUUCCUGGAGGCGUUCAUCUGGUGCCGUUUUUCUUCAAUUUUAUUUUUAUUUUUUGGUCAAGGAAAGUGACCUCUUGGGAAAAAAGAAGUUUAGAGACGCUCACGGGGCACUAAGGGUCCGAAGGUUGGAAGCGGCUAUUCCUCCUCCAAGGGCCAAAGGGGCACCUUCUCAGGAAUUGCCCCGGAGAGGAGGAGGAGGACAAACCAAAUUCACUGUGACGAUUCAGAGGAGGAGAAACUACAAUUCUGCAAAAGCCCGACUUCAUGGUGCUACUAACCCUACUGUAUCCCAGGUUUUUUUUAAUAUGAAACGUUUUAAGCUUAUUUCUUUUUUUUUUCCUUUGUAAGUAAUGAAAUGUGUAUAUUGUGUAAACACAUUUUUUUUUAGUUUCCGACUUCUCAAAUCAUUUAGACACAAAACAGCCUUAAAUCACCAAGAGAAAUCAAAUCAACCCUAUAUAUAUAUAAAUAUAUAUAUAUUAAAAAUACCCACUUAAAGCAGGGAGCAAUAUUGUAUAGCCAUUCAACAACAAUGAGAGUUCUGUUUCUCUUGUAACAACUACUGAAUUUUGAAAAUUUUUAUAUAUAUAUAUUUUCCU